AUAUUCACGACGAUGUCAUUUUUUUAAGUAAUAUAUUUUAACAAGUGUUUUGAAAGUGAAUAACAAAAGUGAACUGAUAAAGACAUUGAUAAAAUUAAGAAAAGGUUAAGCUUGUAAAUGGACCUUCAUUAUAAAUGAUUGAAACGUGGUUCACUAAUGAAGGGAAACUAUCAGUAGGAAACUAUCAAGUGGAAAUGGUACAUGGACCAAUCUGUUCCUGAAAUUAUAAAAAUUAAAAAUAUAUAUUUACUGCCUGAAAUAGAUUUAUCAGGUGCAGAUACCGCUUGUCAAAAAACGAAAACAUUUCGAGAGGUUUUAUAAAUAAAGGCCUUGAAAGUAUCGCAAUAUGGAAACAUGAAAAAUGUUUUAACAUAUCUAAUCAAUUGCUAACAAUAAUUAACACGUACAUUUUCCUUAUUUUAUGAAACAAAAUUUCCGCAAAGAAUAGUACGUAAAUUUGAACAUUUCGUGUUUAAUAUUGAAUUUAAAUAAUUGAAUGUUGUUUAAUAUAAGAGGAAUAACAGAUGGUCACGUGAAUAGCGUAAACACGUGAAACGUCAAUGCAGUAUUCGUUUACCACCCCUUGAAUUGAUGAGCGUUCAAUCGCUUCACUGACAGCUAUUUAUGAUUAGAAAUAUUCAAAAUAAAUGACAAACGUAAAAUUGUCCUUGGAUCUUGCAACACGCGUCACUGAUUUGUUUAAGACUUUAAUGGCCGAUGUCACGUAUUCUCGAUUUUGUUACGUGAAUUUUUAUAUUGUUAUUCGCCGCGUAUGAAUUAUGCUUCGAAAGAAGAUAAUUUCGUGAGGUAUGGUACAGAAACUGUCAAAUGUAAAUCUUCGUAUCGAUAGUCUCGCUUUAGCACGUAAGAUUACGGGAGUCGUAAAUCCUCGUAAAUAAUGCAAUCGUCAAGUUUUUUGCGUGGAAAGCUCCAGGUUGGUACGCAUGGAAACUUGCAAGUUUCCAUUGGACUGCGUUAACACGUGGUCAAAGUAACGGUUAGACACGUAGAACUCGUGCUUCGUAUAUUACAUCAGCAUCGAGGCGUUUGAUAACACAACUGUAGCCUUGACAUUAUUUGACAGAAAAUAUUUAUUUAAAUUAUCUAACAUUUUAUAUGUCAGUUCUUUGAAAAUAUUAUUUUCCUAGAUGAGUGACAAUAUUUUAAUUUGAUUAUAACUCUUAGUACUUUAUUCAUUCAUAGGUACAUUUUCUUGCAAAUUGCCUGAUGCGUUACUUCAGUGGAAAAUCAUUUUAUCUGAACAAUAAUGAUAAGACGUAAUCAAUUUGAUCAAAAUGUAAACUUUAAUAUACUGUAAGUGACAUUUUGAGAUAUUUCUAUCAAAUAUAUUCUUCAAUAUAGAAGUGUUUACUACAGCAGCAAUCUUGCACUGAGAAUGGCAAUGAAACGUUUAUGUAAUCAAUUUCAAAUUGAUAUGUGAUAAAUGUUUUAUGUUAUGAAAUCAUGUCAGGCUUUCUAAGUUUCUAUAUUUGAUAUGUAUCAAACGUUUAUGCAAUAAUUUUCAUUGAGUUCCAGCUUCGAAUUGAUGUGACACAAUAUAUUAUGACAAGUCUAUGUCACAAAAUCAUAAUUCAAAAUUGAUCUGAUAUGAUAUAAUCGAACGUUAAAUCAUCGAGUUCACUUCUGUUGACUUGGUACCACGUGCUACACGUUAUAGUCAUUUUCAAGUUACUGAAUACAUAAAUCGGUUGGUAUUACAGCAGUGUAACGGAAAUGUCGAUGUCCGUUGGUGGCGCUAACGGAAAAUUACGAUUACCGAUAGCCGGCAUACCAAUGAACGCAUUAACCCUUUCAGUAACCAAAUAUCCCAUUGAACUUGUUUGCUCUUCAUAAAAAUUCAAUUCUUGAUAGUUUCCUUUUUAACACGAGAGCCAUUUUGACUCGACAACAGAUCAAAUGUAAACUGUUAAGAAAAGCCGUCUCCGGCAACCAUACUCUAAUAAUAGGUUGAAAAGGUUAACGAAAUACCAUCAUAAGAAGCAGAGCAGGAACAAGGCCAAGGCAAAGAUGCCGAUAGAAUUUUUGGAUCGACUUCCAAUCCCGAAUCUUCGGGUUUACACGGCAAUCAGUUUCGCCGUGCUUUCAUGUUCGGUUUACUAUGCGGCCGAAAUCAUCAAGGACCCAGCGUGGAAAAGUAAUCACACGUAUGUGGAGACCGAAAAUGAAUCGCCCGCGGGCGACGUCGAAUCGAAUCCAAGAAAUUUCGUGAUACAUUUCAAGGAGCUACUCGAAUGCAUGCUCGACGAACCCAUAUGCAUCUGGACUCUGAUCAACAUGGCGUAUUGCGUGUUGAUCUUGCUAGGCAAAACGAUCCAGAAGCUGGUGUUUGGAGAAUUGCGUGCUUCCGAGAGACAGCACCUGAAGGACAAAUUUUGGAAUUUCGUCUUUUACAAAUUUAUCUUCGUAUUCGGUGUGCUGAACGUACAGUACAUGGACGAGGUGGUUCUAUGGUGGGCUUGGUUCACUGUGCUUGGCUUCCUAAGUCUGCUCAGCCAGCUUUGCAAGGAUCGAUUUGAAUACUUAUCUUUCUCACCGACAACCCCUGGAUGGAGUCAUGCAAGACUUUUGGGACUUCUUGCUACAAUUCUUGCGUUGUCCUCCUUUAUGUUGCUACUGUGCACAGCUGCAGCAUUCUUCUUCGUCUCAUUCAAUACUUUUGUCUUUACUGCAGCUGAGUGCAUCCUGCUAGGUGUCAGAACAGUUCAUGUCAUGGUGAGAUACAUAAUUCAUUUGUAUGACACUAGAGGAGCAGGUACUUCUUCACAACGUUCUUGGGAUAAGAGAGGCCCUUUGACAUACUAUACAGACUUAGCUGCAGAGCUAGUAGUUCUUGCUAUAGAUUUCUUCCAUCACGUUCAUAUGUUGCUUUGGAGUAACAUCUUCUUAAGUAUGGCCUCCCUUGUAAUUUGUAUGCAACUUAGGUACCUUUUCUACGAAAUACAACGCAAAAUUACGAAACACAGGAACUAUCUAGCUGUGCUAAACCACAUGGAACAAAAUUAUCCAAUGGCAACGCAAGAGGAGCUAGCAGAUAACUCUGACAACUGCGCAAUUUGUUGGGAGAAAAUGGAAACUGCUCGAAAAUUACCUUGUGGUCAUCUAUUCCACAAUUCUUGUUUACAAUCCUGGCUGGAGCAAGACACAUCUUGCCCAACUUGUAGACUUGCUCUGAAUAUGCAACCGAAUCACCGUGAGAGUACACAAGAGUUACCGACUGAACCACAAACACCAGUCAGGAGAAAUGAAAACCAUUUCUUUCAUUUCGAUGGUUCACGUUAUGUUUCUUGGUUGCCGAGCUUUUCUGUCGAAGUCUCUCACAAUAGGCUGCGCGGGAAUAUUUCUACCAUUGCACAUAACAACUCACAAAUGGAUACCAUGAUUAGACAGGUACAACAGUUAUUUCCACAUUUCCCACGUAAUCUAAUCGUAGAAGACCUCAGGAUGACAAGAUCAGUAGAAUGGACUGUUGAGAACAUUCUUGAUGGAGUGCUAAUAUCGCCUCAUCAUUUAAUCGAAGAACCACAAUCAGAAUCCGUCCCACAAAUCCAUACCAAUAUCACUGAGAUUAGUGCAUCUUUAAAUACCGCCUCGACACCGCUACCAUCGGAUCCAAGAUUCGACAUUCCUCUUGCCGAUAGCGGUGAAGAGCCUUCCAACAUAGGAGGACGAUUUUCAAAAUCUUCAUCUGAAAGAGAACAAAUAUUGCAGCGUCGCAAAGCACAUAUGAUAUUCGCUGCAAGGAAGAGAUAUUUUGAAAAACGUCGAAAAAAACAAGAAACCGAGAAACGCGUUUCUGAUGUCACCUCUUAAAAUAGGAAAACAGAAAAAUACAUGUCGAUAAAAAUUUUGA